UCAAGCAGGAAGGGGAGGCGUUCUCCGGCUGUAGAUCCGGGAAAUCGGGACCCUAGGCGUCUCCACCUAUCCCCGUAGCUGGGACCUACUGGGAGUCAGCAGCUACGCGAGCCGGAGCUGGGUCUGGUUUGCUGGGCGAGCAGAAGGAGAUGGAGGCCAGAGAAGGAAAGGAGCGCUUUCUGAAACAAAGGCAAGUCUUGAUAUUCUUUGUUUUGCUGGGCAUAGCUCAGGCUGGUUCCGCGCCUAGGCAUUAUUCAGUGGCCGAGGAAAUGGAGAGUGGCUCCUUUGUGGCCAAUUUGUUAAAGGACCUGGGAUUGGAGGUAGAUGAGCUAGCUGCGCGAGGGGCCCGCGUCGUUUCCAAAGGGAAAAAAAUGCGUUUGCACUUGGAUAGGCAGACCGGGGAUUUGUUGUUAAAUGAGAAGCUGGACCGGGAGGAGCUGUGCGGCCCUACCGAGCCCUGUGUGCUACCUUUCCAGGUGUUACUGGAAAAUCCUUUGCAGUUUUUUCAGGCCGAGCUACGGAUUAGGGACAUAAAUGAUCAUUCCCCGGUCAUAGAUGUAAAUGACCAUUCUCCAGUAUUCUUUGAAAAUGAGAUGCAGCUGAAAAUCCCAGAAAGCACUCCACCUGGAACAAUCAUUCCACUGGGAAAUGCUGAGGACGUGGACGUGGGAAGAAACGGUCUCCAAAACUACACGAUCACUCCCAAUCCCCACUUCCACAUUCUCACAAACAGCCGUAGGGAUGGAAGGAAGUGCCCAGAAUUAGUGCUGGACAAAGCGCUGGACCGUGAGGAGCAGCCGCAGUUCAGUUUAACGCUCACGGCGCUGGAUGGCGGGUCGCCACCCAGGUCUGGCAACGUUCAGCUCCACAUCCUGGUCUUAGACAUAAAUGACAACGCCCCAGAAUUUACACAGUCGCUCUAUGAGGUUGAAGUUCUAGAGAACAGCCCCGUUAACUCUGUUAUCGUCACUGUCUCAGCUUCUGAUUUGGACACAGGAAAUUUUGGGACAAUAUCAUACUCAUUUGCUCAUGCUUCUGAAGAAAUUUCCAAAACUUUUCAACUAAAUCCCAUUACUGGUGAGAUCCAACUAAUUAAAUACUUGAAUUUUGAGGCAAUUAAUAGUUAUGAGGUUGACAUAGAAGCCAAGGAUGGUGGAGGCCUUACAGGAAAAUCAACAGUAAUAGUUCAGGUAGUUGAUGUCAAUGACAACCCACCAGAGCUGACCUUGUCGUCAAUUACCAGCCCUAUCCCGGAAAACUCGCCAGAGACGGUGGUGGCCGUUUUCAGUGUUUCCGAUCCAGACUCUGGGGACAAUGGGAGAAUGACGUGUUCCAUCCAGAACAAUCUCCCCUUUGUCCUAAAACCAUCUGUAGAAAACUUUUACACCCUUGUGUCCGAAGGAGCUCUAGACAGAGAGAGUCAGGCCGAGUACAACAUCACCAUCACGGUCACCGACAUGGGGACCCCCAGGCUGAAAACCCAGCACAACAUCACCCUGCUGGUGUCCGACGUCAACGACAACGCCCCCGCCUUCACCCAAACCGCCUACACCCUGUUCCUCCGCGAGAACAACAGCCCCGCCCUGCACAUCGGCAGCGUCAGCGCCACAGACAGGGACGCGGGCGCCAACGCCCAGCUCACCUACUCGCUGCUGCCGCCCCACGACCCGCGGCUGCCCCUGGCCUCGCUCGUGUCCAUCAACGCGGACAACGGCCACCUGUUCGCCCUGAGGGCGCUGGACUUCGAGGCGCUGCAGGCGUUCGAGUUCCGCGUGGGCGCCACGGACCGCGGGUCGCCCGCGCUGAGCAGCCAGGCGCUGGUGCGCGUGCAGGUGCUGGACGCCAACGACAACGCGCCCUUCGUGCUGUACCCGCUGCAGAACGGCUCUGCGCCCUGCACCGAGCUGGUGCCCAGGGCGGCCGAGCCGGGCUACCUGGUGAGCAAGGUGGUGGCGGUGGACGCAGACUCGGGCCAGAACGCCUGGCUGUCGUUCCAGCUGCUCAAGGCCACGGAGCCCGGGCUGUUCGGCGUGUGGGCGCACAAUGGCGAGGUGCGCACGGCGCGGCUGCUGAGCGAGCGCGACGCGGCCAAGCACAGGCUGCUGGUGCUGGUCAAGGACAAUGGCGAGCCCGCGCUGUCGGCCAGCGUCACGCUGCACGUGCUGCUGGUGGAUGGCUUCUCGCAGCCCUACCUGCCGCUGCCCGAAGCGGCGGCCGACCAGGCGCAGGCCGACCCGCUGACCGUGUACCUGGUCAUCGCGCUGGCGUCGGUGUCGUCGCUGUUCCUGUUCUCGGUGCUGGCGUUCAUCGCGGUGCGGCUGUGCAGGCGGAGCAGGGCCGCCUGGGUGGGUGGCUGUUCGGUGCCUGAGGGCCCCUUUCCGGGCCACCUGGUGGACGUCAGCGGUACUGGGACCCUGUCCCAGAGCUACCAGUAUGAGGUGUGUCUGAGGGGAGGCUCAGGGACCAGCGAGUUCAAGUUCCUCAAACCGAUUUUCCCCAAUGGUCUGGUUGAAGACAUUGAGCAAGAGUAGUGCAAAACUGCAAUUGCGGGAAUAACUUAGGUUUCAUUAAUAGAAGAAUAAAAUAUAGUUAUUUGGCUAUGAAUACUUUCUUUUAAAAUCAAGAAUCUUUAGUUGAUAAUAAUGUUGAUUAUAUAUUGAUUUUAGUUUCUAUCAAGUUAGUUAAUCCUUGCAUAUUCUUACCUGUUUUCUUUCUUACCAAUGCAGUCUUAAUGCCUCCUUUUCUUUUUCUAAUAGGUGAGUAAAAAUAAAUUCAUUAUGUUUCAAUGUUGACUUCAAAUAGGUUUAUUUUAAGUGACUCAUUUCAAAUUUUAUAUCCAUAGCAAGUGAGAUAAUGUUCCUUAUAAUAUUCCUAAAGCAGCUUUUCUAUGGUUAAUGAAGUUUGUGGAUAGAUAAGAAUGUGUUUUCUUUCAGAUGUUCCAUCUUUAAGGCACAGCAUGUUUUUUGGGGUAUAGUACCUAAAAGAAAGUGAUACAUUUAAUUCGUUUUGUUUUUACAUUUGCAAUUAAUAUUUCAAUGUUGCAUAUGCUUAUAUUGGCUCAAAGUGGACAAAAUAUAGGCUAAUAGGGCAAAUUACUUUUAGGUUUGCUUAAAUUGUAUUCACGAGUUAGGAAAAAUUAAGCACAAGGCAUUUU